CUUGCAGUUGAAACUGAUGAUAAUGAAAUGAAACAAUGGCUAAGAGUAUUUAUUAAUCAGAAAAAAUGUUCUGCAACAAACAAUAAUAAUGAAAUGUCUAUUGACAAAGAAAAUGAUUUAGAAAUCACAAAUCCACCAGUUACUAAACACAAAGGUAGAUCUGAGACUAAGUGGUACAAGUUUGCAGUAGAAAAAGCACAUCAACAAUCAUAUGCUUGUCGUGUAUGUGGUUAG